AUGUGGAGUGUUGGAUCCGUGACGGGGCCUAUCCUUGGUGGUGGAUUCUCUGAAAAUGUGUCGUGGAGAUGGAUCUUCUAUAUCAACUUCCCAUUCAUCGGGGUCGGCGGAGUGCUUGUGAUCCUAUUCUUGAACCUCAAGCUUGCACCCAGUUCGUUAGUCGAGAAGCUCCGUCGAAUCGAUUACUUCGGUACCGCAUUGUUCGUCGGAAGUUUGUCGUCCUUCUUGAUCCCCCUCAGCUGGGGUGGUAUCUCAUACGACUGGAGCUCGUGGCACACACUUGUUCCUCUUUGUGUAGGUGGAGUCGGGCUGAUCGUUUUCGGAUUCUACGAGACUUACUUCGCCACCGAUCCCAUUGUCCCGCCUGUGAUAUUCCAGAACCGUACGGCAAUAGCUUCGUUCAUUGGGAGUGUUUUGCAGGGUUUGAUUCUAUGGUGUGCUCUCUAUUACCUCCCUCUCUACUACGAAGCAGUGAAGGAGUAUAGCCCCAUCAUCUCGGGCGUUGCUCUAUUCCCUGAGACAUUCACUGUGGCUCCGAGUGGGAUGGUAGCCGGUGUCCUGAUCACGGUCACGGGCAGUUACCGAUGGGCUAUCUGGCUCGGAUGGGCCUUUUCAACUGUCGGGUUGGGUUUGAUGUGUCUGAUCAAGGUGAACACCAGCAUGGUCGGAUGGAUCUUUCUCAACAUCGUGCCAGGCCUUGGAUUGGGUAUUCUCUUCCCAUCUCUUGGCUAUGCAGUGCAGGCCUCGGCGGACCCUGAGAACCUUGCUAUUGCAGUUGCCAUGUUUAGUUUCUUCCGUGCUCUUGGUCAAGCGAUCGGAGUUGCUGUCGGGGGGGUUGUCUUCCAGAAUCGCAUGUUCACCAAUAUCUCGAGGUAUUCUGCCCUGGCUCCUAUGGCUGGGGCGUACAGCAAAGAUGCAGCGGGCUUGGUUCAAGUCAUCAAGGCCAUGGCGGAUGGCGCUGAUAAGGCGAAUCUGAAAGAAGCGUAUACGGACAGUUUACGUACGGUGUGGGUAGUCUGCUGCGGAGUGUCGGCUGCGGCGAUGGUGAUCAGCCUCUUGACUGAACAUUAUGACCUUGAUCGUGCCUUGGAGACCAACCAAGGUCUACGCGAUGAUGAUGAGUCUACCAACAGUUUGAAAGACUUCGAGAUGAGGACAGACCGGAGACAUGUCAUAGAGCCUCGACCUUGGGCGUGGUAG